AUGGCACAGCCACCCUUCCUGAGAGUCACUCAGCAACUGGCACCGCUUCGGAAGACUCCAUCUCAGGCCAUUUCGCACUCUUCCUUCCUUGAUGCUGUCAGUGGCUACAGAAAGCUGUCUCUCAGCGAGAUGGACAGUGUCCUGAUGAAGAUCCAUACCUCACUGCUCUCCAAGGAGAGAGACACUGUUUUGCCCAAUCUGCUGGUUCUUUGUGGUGAUCAUGGCAUGUCUGAAACAGGAAGUCAUGGGGCCUCUUCCAUAGGGGAAGUGAACACACCUCUGAUUUUAAUCAGUUCUGCAUUUGAAAGGAAACCUGGUGACCUCCGACAUCCAAAGCACGUCCAACAGACUGAUUUGGCUGCAACACUAGCAGUAGGACUUGGUAUGCCGAUUCCAAAAGACAGUGUAGGGAGUCUUUUAUUCCCAGUUGUAGAAGGAAAACCAAUGAGAGAACAGUUGAGAUUUUUACAGUUAAAUACAGUGCAGCUUAGCAAAUUGUUGCAAGAGAACGUACCAUCAUAUGAAAAAGAUCCUGGAUAUGAGCAGUUUAAAAUGUCAGAACGGUUGCAUGGGAACUGGAUUAAACUGUACUUGCAGGAAAAUCAUUCAGAAGUCCUUUUCAAUCUGGGGACCAAGGUUCUCAGGCAGUACCUGGAUGCUCUGAAGACCCUGAGUCUGUCCCUGAGCACACAAGUGGCCCAGUAUGACCUCUACUCCAUGCUUGCGGGGACUGUCGUGGUUUUGGAGGUUCUCACCCUGCUGCUUCUCAGCAUCCCACAGGCACUGUGCAGAAAGGCUGAGCUGGAGGUUCCGCUGUCGUCCCCUGUAUUUUCUAUGCUCUUUUAUCUGGUGUUUCUGGUUUCUUUGGCCAUUCAUGUUAUCGCAUUUUCAGAUUAUUCCUUACAAAAUACAUUUUCCUUUUUACAGAAUCCAGAUCAUUCCAACUCAAGGUGGUCAGAGUUAGACCUUCUUAUUUUGUUAGGGACGGUAGGCCACGUCUUGAGUCUGGGUGCCAGCAGCUUCGUGGAGGAGGAGCACCAGACCUGGUACUUCCUUGUUAACACCCUGUGUCUAGUCCUGAGUCAAGAAAUCUAUAGAAACUACUUUCUGCAAGAUGACUAUGAGCCUCAGUGUUGCUUCCACGUUGGGCAAGGUCUUGAUGGCACGAUCCCAGCGUUGCAAGAUAGGACAGGCUGCAAGGCAUCCAGGCACAACAAAGACUGUGAGAGCCCCUCUCCCCGUGAAGUGCUGAGAGGCCAGGACAAGUGGAUGGUGCUGGCAAGUCCGUGGCUGAUACUGACCUGCUGCCGGCUGCUGUGGUCGCUAAACCAGACAGGCUUGCAGUGGGCCCACCGGCCUGACCUUGGCCACUGGCUUACCAGCUCUGAUCACAAAGCUGAGCUCUCUGUUUUGGCUGCCCUUUCCCUCCUUGUGAUUUUCGUGUUGAUUCAGAGAGGGUGCUCCCCCGUGUCCAAGGUGGCCUUGGCGCUUGGGCUGCUGGGCAUCUAUUGCUACAGGGCGGCCAUUGGAAAUGUGCUGUCUUUGUGGCAGCAGGACAACAAAGACAUUUCAAAGGGUAUUGUUGAAGCUCGUUUUGUUUAUGUCUUUGUCCUUGGCAUUCUGUUCACAGGCACCAAAGACUUACUUAAAUCUCAAGUCAUUCCUGCAGACUUCAAAAUCAAGACUAGUCCUGUGAUCCCUGAUAGGGCAACUGAAAGAAAGCAACUUGUAGGGAGAACUCACGCAACUCCAGUUGCAGACUUCAUCCCCACCUAUGGAGAGUGA